ACUUCCCCUGGUUUCUGGUCAAGAUUUUCCAGCAUUUACACUCUUGCGCCAGUCUGCUGCACCACUUAAGGUGGAACGGAAAAUUCGAAGAAGCCAACUUCAGCUUUAUGAUCCACAUCAUUUUGCUGCCUUUUCCUUUAGGGACUGAUGGUGGAUCCUUGCUGCUGUUUACAAAGUGAAGUCAACGCUGUGCAACAUGAGCAACAACACCACUUGCAUGGAAGCUCAAGACCUUGUAGCCUCUGCGUUAGCACCAAUGCUGAUCUUGGAGCUCAUCUUGGGGAUACCAGGAACCGUCUUAGCGUUAUGGAUCCUUGGUUUCAAGGCUGCCUGGAAGUCCAGUACGGUUUACCUCCUCAACUUGGCGCUGGCUGAUGUUCUGCUGCUCAUUGGCCUUCCUUUCCGCAUCGACAGUGUGAUCCGUGGAAGUUGGAUUUUUCACGACGUCUUUUGCCGCAUCAACCUGUUUAUGCUGUCAGUUAACCAGUCAGCAAGUAUUGCCUUCAUGACUGUUAUGGCAGUGGACCGAUUCUUCAGGAUAGUCCACCCACACCACACCAUUUGUCACCUAAGCAUUCGGCGCAUAGUAAUGAUCAGCUGUGUGGUCUGGGUUGCUGUGGUGACCCUUCGUCUUCCUCUGCUGGUGACCCAGCUCUUGAGAUCAUCUGAGAACUUAUCUGUGUCUCUUUGUUAUAAUAUUUACAUGUGGACAGAGUCUGGGGUAGGAAUGAAGGUGCAUAAUUUUCUCCAUGUGGCGGAAUUCAUCCUGGCCUUCAUAUUGUUACUCGUUUGCUCUGUGCGCAUCUAUUACCACAUACGUGAUAACACCCGACUCAGAGAGCAUCGCAGAGUUAAACGGACAGUAAACCUACUUCUGACUCUUGUGAUCAUGUUUACCUUCUGCUUCCUGCCCAGUUACAUCACAGGCCUAGUGGCUCUCUUCCUCAAAGAUGUCUCCUCAUGCUCCCCAUAUCUAGUGGUGGGCAAGCUGUUCAGUGUGUCUUUAAUUCUCGGCUACUUAAACUGCGCUCUAGACCCCAUCCUCUACUGCUUAUCAAACGCUUGUUUCCGUAAUACAAUGAAAGGAGUGGCCAACUCCACUGGAUUCACCAAGUUCCAACUGAGUGUUAAGGAAACCAGAUCACCUAGACAUACCUAGAGAACUUAUUAUGACCAACUGUGCAAACUGUAUUUGUAUUGAAAGUAACAAUAUUGUGAAGUACUACAUUUGCAUGCUUUUUUUAUUUAAACGGCCUACAUCCUGUUAGUUCCUCCCUUGCCAUGCUUUUUAUUUUUCCCACUUAUAAUUGUGUGGUUUUACAUACCAAAACCACUACAUGACCAUUUUCCAACCUCACUUCAUCCCUUAGAAUUAAACAGGUGGUUUCUGUUACUGUGCCUUUAACAGUGAUAUAUGUGUAUGAGCUCUGUUCUAAUUGGCUGCCUUGUAUUGUGCCUCAUUCAAAAAAGCAGUUUGAGCUUAGAUUCCAUAUAUAGAUCAUAUAGACUGGGGGGUGAAUGGUAUGUUUUGACUUUAACAAUGUUUACAUACUUGUUACAUUAAAAAAGAUAUAGGCCUUUUAAAAGGACUGAUUUACUUGCAAGAUUAAAUAUUGUUUUUCACUGUAAUUUUUAGGACUUCACUGUACUACUGUGUUGUUUGGGAAUAUAUGUCCUAUACCGCUGUUAAAAAAUGUAUUUUUUCACUUGGAUUAUGAUGAAUAAAGAUGAACUGAAAAGAAA